CCGUGGUGAUCUUCUGACGCACUGCUGUCGUUCAUUAUGGUUAUGCUCAUGCUCAAAGGUGCACCUGUCACGCACUUCGGCAUCUCCUGUCUAAUGAUGCCUGGGGACAUUAAUACUACUCCGCAAAGCGCAAUCAUAAUCUCCUCUCCGUGUUGGCCAUGCUCCUCCACAGAGCGCAAUCACAAUCUCGUCUCAAGGUUGACAUUGCACUAUUUUGAUGAUCUUGAUCUUAUCUGUUGCAACCACAACCCUGACGAGCACCAUGGGCUUCUCUGGUACCUGACUAGACUUGUGCUCCAAUGCUGCUAUUGACCUGCUGCCAUAUAUAAAACAGCUGCAUG